GAAUUCCAAAUUCCAAUUUUGCCCUCUUCUUCAAUUUCGCUCGUUUACUCCGCCGACGUCAGUAAUUUCCGACCGCCGUUUCCGAAACUCGUGAUCGCUUUCUCUUUGUCUCAGCCAUCUCUGAUCUUUCGAAAAUGUUGGCGUCGAAGUCGAUGAAUCAACUACAAAGGCUUCUUCUCUCUGCUCGACGCUUAUCUUCUUCCCAAAUCAUACCUCCGUCGUGUUUACUUCACCAGCGCCUGUUCUCGACUUCAGAUACUGAUUCGUCGGCUGCAUCUUUUUCCUCUUCGCAUCCGAAAAUGCAAACGCUUGAAGGCAAAGCUUCUAAUAAAAGCCGAAGCACAUCGUCAACAACAACAUCUUUGAAUGAAGAUGAACUUGCCAAAUUCUCUGCCAUUGCUGAUACAUGGUGGCAUUCUGAAGGGCCCUUUAAACCGUUGCAUCAAAUGAAUCCAACUCGGUUGGCUUUCAUCCGCUCGACCUUAUGCAGGCAUUUCAGUAAGGAUCCGAGUUCUGCUAAGCCUUUUGAAGGACUGAGAUUUAUCGAUAUAGGUUGCGGUGGCGGACUACUUUCUGAGCCUCUAGCACGGAUGGGAGCAACUGUCACAGGAGUUGAUGCUGUUGAUAAGAAUGUCAAAAUUGCUCGUCUUCACGCUGAUAUGGAUCCAGUGACUUCAACGAUUGAAUACCUAUGUACUACAGCAGAAAUGCUAGCGGAUGAAGGCAGGAAGUUUGAUGCUGUUCUCUCUUUAGAGGUCAUCGAGCAUGUAGCCAACCCUGCAGAGUUCUGCAAGUCGUUGUCAGCAUUGACCAUCCCCAAUGGGGCUACAAUACUUUCUACAGUUAAUCGCACUAUGCGAGCAUAUGCAUCAACCAUUGUUGGAGCAGAGUACAUCCUACGUUGGCUUCCUAAAGGCACACAUCAAUGGUCAAGUUUUGUAACUCCUGAAGAACUGAGUAUGAUAUUACAACAUGCUUCAGUCGAUGUGAAAGAGAUGGCUGGAUUUGUGUACAACCCAAUAACAGGAAGAUGGUUAUUGUCAGAUGAUAUUAGUGUCAACUAUAUUGCUUAUGGGACGAAAAGGAAGGAUCUUGGAGACAUAUAAUCAAUCGUUCCAAGUCGUGUUUCUCUGCAUAUCUGCUUCUGAGUUACAACUCUAGUUUAUGCUUUAAAAAGUAGGUACUCUGGAAGUUGGUUAGGACGAGGACAGUAGUUAUAUUUGCAAAUAAGUGAGAAACAUUCAAAGAAGAUUAGUUUUGCCUGUUACACAUCAGCAGAUUUGAUCUUCUGGAUCACACUUAUGUCAGCUCUCUGAGAGAAGAUUAGUCUUUGAAUAUACGUUUUGUGGUAAAUAUGGCAUAGUUCGGAGGACCAAAGCUUUUUUUUUCUU